AUGGAGGCCGAAAAAGAGAACGGGGACGAGCCCACCCCUGGCUUUGUCUACAGCUUUCCGCAGCCCACAGACUUCCCGAAGUUGCAGGAAAUGGCGAUAAAGGAUUGCAGUUUACUACUGGCAACUUCCAGUGAAUUUAGAAGACAGCUCUUCGCAAGUGCCGCUGUUCCCUUUGGAGCUUUCUCGCCUUCGUUCGACGAGAACGAUGUGCAAGAUUGGCUGGAAGCGAAACACCCUCAAGUGGGUGCAGAUUCCCGCACACUACUCAUAGCACAUAUGAAGGCAGACGCAGCGGUGCAUACACUUCGAUUGCCGGACACGCAGCAUCUGCAGCAGCUGAGGCUGCAGAACCAAAUGAUGAACAUCCCAGCGACGGAACGGGUGCCGCUAAUGCAGAGAGCAGAAGCAUAUGCGAGGAGAAACGGGCGCGCGACCGCAGCAGUUGCGCAGCUCGCAUCUUUUUCAAAGUCCUGUAUGGUAGCGGAGGCAGCAGAUGGCCGCGCUCCGGUGCUGGUAGCGGUGGACACGGGAAUAGAGUUUGGGGGACAAGUUCUGUUCAAGCCCAAGGACAAGGAGGAAGCUGCGUGCUUUCUCAAGAGGUACUCGGACUCCGAUGAGCCCAUAGUUGUGACUACAAGUUUCGUUCUUGUUGAUCUUGUUAGCGAGUUCGAGCGCCCUCCAUGGAACCCCAAUGCACCUGUUCCCGCAAAGCAGCAGUUUCCACACAAAUGCAAGGCCUGCAACAGAUUUCAGCGCCGGCAACCCACAGAUGAUCCUGACCCGUGCACGUGCCCUCUGACAGUGGUUCAUGCAGCAGACAUCUUGCUAGAUCCUGGGGGCCCGUCAGGGUAUCGCUUUGACACCCGUGAGAUGUUCAGUGUCAAGUCGAAUGUGAAGUUCAACGAACUGAACGAAGAAGUCCGCAAUCGCAUAAUCGAAGAAGGUGAAGUCAUGUACUCUGCAGGAGCUGUUUUAGUUGAAAGAGGAGAAAUGGCUAAACACCUGAAAUACAUCUCGGGUUGCCCACACAACGUCAUCGGUGUGCCCCUAAAGCAGGUGGAAAGCUUCCUCUCGCUGCUUAUUGGGAGAAUGGAAAACCACUAG